AUGGAGAGCAAGGAAGGAUAUGAAAAGACACUAAAGAGCAAUAUUAGUGAAACUGACAUGAAAUGUACAAAUUGUGGAUGGUCUGGAAAGAUGAAAAUUGUCGAUCUCAGCGAUGUGACAGAGAACGUGAUAUGUGCCUUUAUUUGCGAAGAGUGUGGAGAUAAGUCUGUUAGCUUCCUUGAGAAAAUGUGUGAUCACCGAGGAAGUGUCAGGAUCGAGUGCCACUUCGAUGACAAAGAGGAUCUUUCUCGGGAGGUAAACAUAAGCCAAUUGGCAUCGGUUGAGAUAAUCUCAGAUGAUCUUUCUUUCAAGCUCACUAGUACCUAUCCCAGUAUCCAGAAUGUCGAGUCUUUCUUGAUACAGGGAAAGGACCAGAUUAGAAAUUUGUGUGGCAAAGAAGACAUAACAAGCGGAGCAGGUGCAGGAAACGUUCUAGCAAGCGGUGGUAUCUCGAGGGAAACCUGCGAAAAGAAGCUGGAUGACUUCCAGAGGCUUAUUGACAACCCGAAGUUCAAACUAAUCAUUGAAGACGAUCUCGGGCUUUCCAGAGUUGCUCCGGUUGGCAAAAAAGUCCUUGAUUUACGUGAUGCUAACACCAGUGAGCUUAAUGACGAGAAGGUUAACCAUAUCUUUAGAAAGAAAUCAGAAUAA